AUGUCCCUGCUAGGAACACAGCAGCUAGAUACCCCGUGUCUCUGCAUGGCUCUUGGCUGGCUGGUGGACUUGCCCUGUGGAGGAAACUACUUUGCAAGUCACUUCUUUAUGGGAGGCGAGAAGUUUGACACCCCUCACCCUGAGGGCUACCUUUUUGGGGAGAACAUGGAUCUAAACUUCCUUGGGAAUAGACCCGUUCAGUUUCCCUAUGUAACUCCAGCUCCACAUGAGCCUGUGAAGACACUGAGAAGUUUGGUGAAUAUCCGCAAAGACUCUCUCCGUCUUGUGAGGUAUAAAGAUGAUGUUGACAGCCCUACUGAGGAGAAUGGGAAGCAGAAAGUCUUGUACAGCCUGGAAUUCACGUUUGAUGCGGAUGCCCGUGUUGCCAUCACAAUCUACUGCCAAGCUACGGAGGAGUUUGUUGGUGGCAUGGCAGUAUACAGCACAAAGAAUCCCUCUCUACAGUCGGAGACGGUUCAUUACAAGAGAGGGGUAAGCCAGCAAUUCUCCCUGCCUUCCUUCAAGAUUGAUUUCUCAGACUGGAAGGAUGAUGAGCUGAACUUCGACUUGGACCGUGGUGUGUUCCCGGUGGUCAUCCGAGCAGUGGUCGACGAAGGGGACGUGGUGGUUGAGGUGACGGGUCAUGCCCAUGUUCUUCUGGCUGCAUUUGAAAAGCACGUUGAUGGCAGUUUCUCUGUGAAGCCCUUAAAGCAGAAGCAGAUCGUUGACCGGGUGAGCUAUCUGCUUCAGGAGAUUUACGGCAUCGAGAACAAAAACAACCAAGAGACCAAGCCUUCGGAUGACGAGAACAGCGACAACAGCAAUGAGUGUGUGGUUUGCCUCUCGGACCUCCGCGACACCCUCAUUCUGCCCUGCAGACACCUCUGUCUGUGCAACUCCUGUGCGGACACCCUGCGCUACCAGGCCAACAACUGCCCCAUCUGCAGGCUGCCCUUCCGCGCCCUGCUGCAGAUCCGAGCUGUGAGGAAAAAGCCCGGGGCUCUGUCGCCGGUGUCGUUCAGCCCUGUCUUGGCACAGACUGUUGACCAUGAUGAGCACUCUUGUCCCUUUAAGCCCACUAAAGCGAACACUGUCUCCCUGCCCAGCAGGAAACCUAGAAGGGAAACAAGCUCUGACAACAUCCCUCCAGGGUACGAGCCCAUUUCCUUGCUGGAAGCUCUGAACGGCCUUCGCUCUGUUUCCCCCUCCAUCCCGUCAGCUCCUCUGUAUGAAGAGAUCAACUACUCUGGCGUGGUGGAUGGGAUGCCCCCUGCAAGCCGGCCGCUUGUUGGGAUGGACAGAGCCGUGGAGAGCAGCCACCAAAAGGGCAAGCGGAGCAAGUCUCCAGAUAGCACACUACGGUCUCCCUCAUCGCCCAUCCACGAGGAGGAUGAAGAGAAGCUCUCCGAGGACUCCGACUCGCAGCCCGUGCUGAGCGGGGGUGAGCUGGUCCUGAGGGAGACCAGCUCUCCAGAGAGCAUGGCAGGGGAAGAGAUCGAGGAGGCCUCGUCCCUGCAGCAAGGUAGCCGUCCUCCCUCUGUCGAAGACGUCCUGCAGGACGGCAGCUGCAGCGAGCACAGGAGCUUGACGCAGUCGGAGAGCGACCCGCCGGUGGACGUCUACCUGCCAGCACUGGGUCCCGAUUCCUGCUCUAUUGGUAUAGAGGAGUAAGCUGGUACGUCUUCUUGUUCUUCUUACGCGUUGCUGUUGCGUGGGGCAGCAGGAGCCUUCCUGGGAGGGCAGGCUGGCUGAGAGCCGCCGUGCCAGCCUGCCCUGCUCCCUCCUGGGCCUCAUCCUGGCCAGCAGGGCAGCAAAGCAGCCUCUGUCCUGGCUCCUCUUUACAAACCUGCCCGAGCAUCCCAUCUGCCACGCAGUCCGGUCCCGUCCCGCUCUGUCUCACUGAGCCAGGUCCCUGCCACACAGGGCCACAUUUCCCCGUCAUGUCACCAGCAUCCUGGUGUGCUGCAGGGCUCCCUGCUGUCCCUGAGCACCAGGACCCCGGGCAGCAGAGAGCCCUAGCUCUGACGCCAGCUCCACGUCGGACCUGCACGUUCACGGUGCGCAGGAGCCCAUCAGGCCUGGCACCUGCAGGCCUCUCCCAGGCCGAUGGGGAGACCGCGCGUCCUCUCCGUCUCCCGCUUCCUCCCCCGACCCUUGCUACACCCGCG